GGCUGGCUGGCUGCACUGCUGCGAGGCCUUUGCAAGAGCAAGACUGGUGCGCUUUAAGAAGUGCAUUUCCCAGCCCUUUCCGAAGACGCAGGGCGAGCGAAGACGCAGCACAGGGCCAAGCCACAGGCCCCAUGGAAAUGGAGCACGCCCUUCACCUGAUCCUUUUCCUCCUGACACUGACCGAGGACUCAGCUCAAAUUGAAGGCAACAAGAUCCCCAGCCUGUGCGCUGGGCAGCCUGGAAUCCCAGGGACCCCCGGUAUCCAUGGAAACCAAGGCCUGCCAGGCAGAGACGGACGGGACGGACGGGAUGGAGCUGCAGGGACCCCAGGAGAAAAGGGUGAAGCUGGUCAAGCAGGACCAGUGGGGCUAAGAGGGGAAAGAGGCAGCCCUGGCACCAGCGGGUUUCCAGGCGAGAAGGGGGCGCAGGGGGAGUGCGCCGUGGCCCCCCGCUCAGCCUUCAGUGCCAAGCGCUCCGAAUCCCGCAGCCCACCCCUGGCCGACCAGCCCAUCGUCUUCGACAUCGUGUUGAUCAACGAACAAGGCCACUACGACGAGAACACGGGGAAGUUCCUUUGCGAGAUCCCAGGGCUGUACUACUUUGCCGUCCACGCCACCGUGUACCGCAUGAGCCUCCAGUUUGACAUCAUGAAGAACGGCAAGUCAGUGGCCUCCUUCUUCCAGUUCUACGGCAACUGGCCCAAACCUACCUCGCUGUCCGGCGGCAGCCUGGUGCGGCUAGAGCCGGAGGACGAAGUCUGGGUGCAAGUCGGCGUGGGAGACUACACCGGCUUCUACUCCAGUGUGAAGACGGACAGCACCUUCACUGGAUUCCUGGUGUAUUCCUACUGGCAAAACUCUCCUGUCUUUGCUUGAGCAGUGAUGAAUCCCCUGGCUUCCCGGCCCCACGCCGUUAGCGAGAACUCCCCGGUUCUUACUCCAUCAUCAGUGGGGAGAACUUGCUUCCUUAACCCAAGGGGCAUGAUGCUCCUUUAGCUAAUGCCCAUAUAAGGGUCCUAGGUCACUUCCAUUAUCACCAGUCCAAGAAACUUCUGGCCAGCCCCAAACGAAGAUGGGGUCAACCGUGUGACGGAGAAGCGAAGUCACAUUUGCGUGUUACUUGCUGUCUCGCCCUAAUAAACAGAGAACGCCCCCCUGUACUUAAUUGACCUCAGAAGCAGCCAACAUGGAAACAGCUGGGCAUGUUCUCUGGCUGCUCCACUCCCAACUGAAGGCUAGGGAAGGCCAGAAUGGGGCAGAGGAUAAAGUGCCGAGUUCAAAUCCCUGUUCAGCCAUGAAAUCAGUCUCAUUUGCCUCACGGGGUUGUUGCCAGGUGAAAUGAAAGGAACUGAGCAACGUUUUGCACACCAAAGAUGCCACAAAAUUGUUUUCAGUCAUCGUAAUUGUAGCAGUAUGGCUAGAUCUAUUUGUACAUUAUC